AACCUAUCCCCUCACACUUUGAGCCAGUCAAUUCAAAACUUGACCCUCUCUUUCUUAUAUAUAUAAAAAUAGUACGUACGUCAAGCAACUGUAUGUGAAUUUUUAUGGCUAAUCCGUAUGGCAACGUGCCCAAAGGAAAUGAUGAGCAGCCAUCUGGUUAUUCCAAUUCCAACCCACCUUUCUCUAUUCAACUUCCCCCAACUAGCAGCUUCUCCAUUGUCAAUGAUCAAGGGUAUCAAGACCUCUCCUCCUUGCCUGGGCACGGCCUCCGUUCUCCGACCGGUGGUGGGUCCAUUUCUUCGCCUAGGAGACACCCGCUGUACCGAGGGAUCCGGUGCCGGAGCGGGAAAUGGGUGUCCGAGAUUCGAGAGCCUCGAAAGUCUACACGGAUAUGGCUCGGCACGUAUGCUAAGCCCGAGAUGGCCGCCGCUGCCUACGACGUGGCGGCCAUCGCCCUAAAGGGGCCUGAUACUGCGUUGAAUUUCCCCAACGCCCUAAUCACUUAUCCGAUCCCGGCUUCUUCGGCUGCCAGUGACAUAAGGGCUGCGGCAGCUAGGGCAGCCGCGUCUAGGGCGGAGAGCAUUGGGGCGGGGGAGAGCUCAUCGGCGGAUCGGGGUGAAAAUGCGGAUAGGUCACGAUGUGGUCGUGGUCGUGGUCGUCGUGGUGCUGGGGUGACGUCAUCAGAGGACGGUGGCGGAUGUCUAGAGUAUAUGGACGAGGAAGCGCUGCUGAAUGUGCCGAAUUUGCUAGCGGACAUGGCGGAGGGAAUGCUGUUGAGCCCACCGAGAGAACCCGCCAAUAAUUCGCCGGAAAAUUCGGACGGAGAAAGUCUUUGGAGCUAUUAAUCAUCCGAGGCCACAGCUCACUCAAAAAUCCAAAGUGUCACUCCUCAAUAAACAACUAUCCGAUCACAAUUGAGGGUAUGUAUUACGAUGAUACGAAUGAUUGAUUUAAAUUAUGAAUAAGCAGGUAUUAGCGAAAUCAAGAACGUACUGGCAGCGUGUGCAGACGUCUUCUUCCUUUUUAUUUUGGCUUUGGCUGGAUGUAAAAAUGUGUGUCUGAAUCUGAGUUUCUUUCGGUGUGUUUUUCGGUGGCCGGAUCGAUGAUCGGCCAUUGUGGAUCUGAAAUCGAUCUGCAGUCAGCUGCUGCAUAUGUACUGCUUUUUUGCAGCUGAUUAAUCUGUACUGUUGCGUGUAGAAUUUGGCAGCUAUUAUUGCUCAUUGCUUUUGCUUUUGCUGCUAUCCUAUAUAUUAUGAUUCAGUUCUUGA